UCUCACUAACUAACAAUCAAAAACAUCUUCCAACACAUGAACAAAAAUUAACAACAUUUACCCAACACCAAAGAUCACUAUUCACCUCACUUUAAUAUUUACUCUAAUUUCCCAUCUUCUUUACAUUUUUCAAAAAGGCGAAAUUCUCACCCCCAGAUCUUCAUUACAUUUUAAACAUAAAUCAUAAUUAGUACACAAAAUCAUCAAAAAGAUGAAGCCGCGGCGAUUACCGCUAGACCGGCCAUGGCUAGCGGUACCGUUAGCAGUUGCAGUGGUAUUCGCGGUGGCGUUUCUAGUGGUAAACUUUAAGGUGGUCACGACCAAGGCGGCAUUAUUUUGUGGAACGACGUCGUUGGUUGAUAGGAGCGUAAUACCUAUACAACUUCAUGCAGUUCUUCAUUACGCUACCACCCGUGACAUUCCCCAACAAUCUUCUGCUGAGAUCCGGGUUAGCUUCGAUGUGUUAUUCUCUCUUUACCCCUGUAAUUUCUUGGUAUUUGGGUUGGGCCAUGAUUCCUUGAUGUGGGCCUCAUUUAAUCCAAAUGGAUUCACUAUGUUUCUUGAGGAGGAUACUAGUUGGAUCAAGAAGGUUUUGACCCGGGCCCCAAAUAUACGGGUCCAUCCAGUGGCUUAUAAGACCCAUCUUUAUGAUGCUAAGAAUUUAUUGGCCCAUUAUAAGGCUGAGCCCAAUUGCUUGCCCCCUAAGUUGCAUCUACAAGGUAACACCAAAUGCAGGUUAAUCCUAAGUGAUCUAACCAGUGAGGUGUAUGACAAAGAAUGGGAUGUGAUAAUGAUAGAUGGACCAAAAGGGUAUCUUCCUGACUUACCGGGCCGGAUGGCAGCCAUCUACACGGCGGCGGUGAUGGCGAGGAUGAGGACACGGCCAGGGGUAACCCAUGUAAUUAUACAUGAUGUGAAUAGGAAAGUUGAGAGGGUUUAUGCUCAGAGGUUCCUUUGUAGAAAGCAUUUGGUCAAGGCUGUAGGUAGGCUUUGGCAUUUUGUUAUACCUCCGGCUUCUAAAGACCAAACUCUAAAGCCUAACACCUUUUUUUGUUGAUCUCAUUAUUUUUUGGCUUAAAUCAAUUAAUUCCGGUGGAAAUCAA